UACAAGUACUUCACCAUAUAAACCCAUUAUUCCUAGCUGAACUAGAUAGGAGAGGUACUUUGCCGCAAAGAUGGCCUUCACUGAAGUAGGCUAUCAAAUGGGCACAACGACCAAAUUCAUACUAUAUUGAUCGACAUUCAAUCCAUAUAAAAUGUUCAAUGAUAGAACAAAGUAGGCCUCCAAUGUUAAGAGUAGAUACUUACCGUAUAACAAGGUCCAUGAAGGAAUCAUUGCAAAAUUGACAUUCAUAAGUUAAAGUUGGAUGCUACAAGUCGACUCGCGCCUUUUAAAGCGAGUGAAACCCUUUUCUGUUUAAAGUCGGAAUAGGGCCUAUUCAUUUUCACCACAACCACAACAUCGUUAAGUUAGCUGUGCAUUGUGCAUUGGUGAAUACGUAGGUGUAAAUAGGAAGGAUAACGAAGCGAUCAUGGAUCGGGUGUCAAAUCACGAGACUGACCAUCAAGGGCCUGGUGGUACACAUGAAGGAGUACGCGGCUUGCCCAUCGUGAUCUGCCAUUCUCCAUCAGACGACGACUUUGAAAACACACCCCUGCUUUUGGGCGCAGAGGACCACGACGAAGCCCAAAGCCCGAUGCCGCAAUCCCCCGCAAGCUCGAGGAGUUCUGGCGAUACCCUCUCCUUGUCAAGCCUGGAAAGUGAAGGCAGCGCAAGUGCGUGUUCCCCAGAAACUAACCUUGUCGUCGGCUCUGCUCCAGAAACCCGAGGCCAAGUCUCUAAUACGAAUACGCCAGCGAAUGGGAUGGAUAACCAUACCUCCGACUAUUUCUCGAAGCCCAAAAAUAUGCAUCUACAUCGAGUGGCUGCUGACGUGACAUGUCCCUCUUCGAGUGUCCCGACCGGAAAUACGGGCGAGGACAAGCGGACCCGGGAAUGUCUUAAGCAAAAUGGUAUGAACAAGAAGUUGAAGUCAAUUUUGAAGAGAAGAGGGAGUGACCAUACGCGGGAUGUUCGUAAGAUUAGCACGGCAACGUUCAAAAUUGAUUGCAUUGCCCAAGCAGAGACCCGCACGGAAAGGACUUCUCUCUUGCAAGUUGAGGGAAGUGACGAAAGUCGCAGGGUUUCUUACAGCCUGCCCGAUGGGCACGACGAAACUCGUCAAACAUUGCCUUCAGCGGGUAUGCCUUUCAGAGUUUAUAAUACAAGAUAUUAUGUUUUGUUCAUCUUCUGCGCCUUUGGCUUCAUCUAUGGCUUACUAUGGAACACCUCGGGACCAGUAGCCAAAACUGUUAAAGCUCUUUUCGACUUCAAUAAUGGUGACAUUGCCCUGAUCGCUAACUGGGGGCCAAUUGGGUUCACGCUUUCACUGGUGAUCUAUACUCUCAUCAUCCAGAGGAAAGGUCUGCGCUGGGCAUGUCUUUGCAGCGCCACUAUCAUGUUUCUCGGCGCUGGGAUACGUUGUCUGGUGGCAUGGCAGAGGGUGUACGCGAGAUGGUUCUUUAACACUGGCUACCUCUGUGUUGGCUUGGCCAGAUUCAUGGCACAGGUAGCCGCACCAGUCCUAUCAGCCACUUGGUUCAAAGCGGAGCAGAGGACAACAGCUACUGCUACAGCGGUGCUGAUGCCUCAGUUGGGCAUGGCGCUAUUCUCAGUAGUUGAAUCCUACAUGGUUGAAGAAGAGUGGAACACAACAGGUCAGACAGCCGCAAAUGUCAGUGACCGCAUAGCUGCUUCAGUUGUUGAGGAUCGCAUAUUCAACGAAAUGAUGCAGUACAUGUACGUUCAAGUGUGUCUCGCUGGCGGCAUCUGUUUCGCCAUGUGGAUCUUCUUCCCUGCCCGACCACCGAGUCCGCCAACUAAAUCAGCAAGUGUAAUGCGAAUGACACUACGGCGAGGGUUUCGUAUGCUUUACAGGAACCGAAACUUCUGGAUUGUGGCCAUUCCUGCCAAUGCUGUUAGUGGUGUCUUAGUGGGAUGGAUUAGUCUCAUUGAGUUAAUCUUCGAAGCCGGCCCCUACUUAGAGCAGCACAUGUGUGGUUGGAUGAUCUUCGGCAAUGUAUUCGGUGGGCUAACUGCCGGACUCAUCAUAGCAAGGGCUUCAGAUAGAAAGGUAUCUCGUAUGAAGCCCCUUCUCCUGAUCCUGAUGUGUGGAGGUUUUAUAGCUAUGCUGCUGUUCACGCUCCAAGUCAACCAGAUCAUUCCCAGCUUGGAAGUUACAACGUACGCCUCAUGUGUUCUGGUUGGGAUCUUCCUCUACGCAGCUCUGCCCCUGAUAUGUGAGAUAUCUGCAGAACUAGCCUACCCUGUCCAAGAGCAUGUUGCAUUGGUCAUGAAUAUCAUCAUAAUGAACCUGGCCACAUUCUUUUAUCUUUUGCCACCCUUGUUUCCUCAAGUCCCUGUAACAUGGAUUAACUGGACCUUCCUGGGUGUUAUAGGCGUGGCUCUUCCUAUCACCGCAUGCUACAAACAAAAGUACCUGAGAGCGGAGCAUGACAAAUACCUUGACAUGCCAGCAGAUGGAAUUGGGACGUACAAAGUAAAUGAGUGGCUACGUAAGGAUGUUGUUGAAAAUGAACCAUUAGCCAGUGACAUGAACUGGAUCGAGGACAGGCGAUCCAGUACAGCGACAAUAGGGAGCAUACAAGAGGAAUCGUCACCUGUGCUGCGAGGUAAAGAAGGAGGUUCAGAAGAACAGGGGACAAGAAAGGGUGCUAGUGUUGUAGUGUAGUCAAACACAAGGAAAAGAAGGGAAGUUGACCAGCUUCUCGAGAGUGAAGUUAAGUUGAUGGAGGACAGUCACAUACAAGGACAUACACGACAGAAUGUCUCGUCAGCUUUGAAUGUUGGAUGGAGCCCUGAUGCCAAAAAGGCAAGCACGAUGUAGCAUUUCAAAGGGAAGUAAAAGGAAGAAGAACCACGCUGGAGGCGACAUUAAUAGGACUCUGGACAGGUUUUCUGGUGAAGGGACAAUGAGCACCGCACGUGGGAUAUAAAGACAUAGUGGUGUUGUGUAGCAUAGAGUCAAGAAGUGAAUGACCAAAUGCCAGCAUUGAGAACUAGUAAUGAAUGUACUUUGGAAGUAUGUUGCAUGAGUACGGCCACACCCAAACUCAGUCAGUCCAAAUUUAUCCCUUUGAGGAGAAUUUAUAUACUCCAUAAUAUGGACAAGUCCUUCGCUGUACAAUCUCUAUCAGGAGAGGAGACACCCAAAGAGGCCCAGUUUGCGAGAGACAAUUACUUGACAAAACGAAAGAUUUGUAAUAAUUCAAAU